AACCUCACACCCCCUAUUUUCAGUAUACGAAACAAAAGUGAGACAGUGUAUAUGGAGGUUUUGGUCCGUCUCUUGAAACCCUUACUCUUCGUCGGAUCUCAUUCUGCAAAUCUCUUCGCCUAACCUCUCUCUGUCUCUGUCUCUGUCUCUAUACAUACAUAUACUUUUUCUAUAUUUGCACACAUCUCCAUUAGAUCUAUUCAUUAGUAGCCACAGAGCGAAUUCGAAUCGAAUCGAAUCGCUUUUGUUUCAUGGCUUCCCCUGGAAAUCCAAACCAAGCAAGAGUGCCAUUUGAAAACCACAAGUUCUUCAAACCCUCACCAAACCUUCCCUCUCAAACCCCUACAACCAAUUUGAGUUCUUCACCAUUCACACCUCCAUCUUAUCCUCCACUCCCUUCUGCUUCUUAUCCUCCACCCACUGGCCCUUAUUCAUACCCUCCUCAGACCACCCAGACCCAGUUUCAUCACCCUCAAUUCCACAUCCCUACUCCCUUUUCUCAGCAAGAUCAUAUUCUCCAUCUUUCUAACUUGCACCAGAGAUCUGUCUCUUAUCCUACGCCCCCUCUUCAACCCCCUCCCCAAAACACGAAUGCCGGGGCGAGACUUAUGGCUCUGUUGAGUGCCCCGCCAUCGGGUCUUGAGAUUGGACACCAACCCAUGUUGCCACUGCCUCCAAUUCAGCCUUCCUCUUCUGGGUCUUCUGAAUUUUCCAUUCCCCCCAAUGUUCCCAUGUUGAAUUCGGUUCCUUUGGUGCCAAAUGUCAAUCCGGGUUUGAUUCCGCAUUCAGUUCCCAUGCAUAUGCUGAGCAGCAAGCUCCCAAAGGGCCGCCAUUUGAUUGGCGAUCGUGUCGUGUACGAUAUUGAUGCUAGAUUGGAAGGUGAGGUUCAGCCACAGCUCGAAGUUACUCCGAUAACCAAGUAUGUAUCGGAUCCUGGACUUGUUUUGGGCCGCCAAAUUGCAGUCAAUAAGACGUACAUUUGCUAUGGACUGAAGAUGGGAGCUGUCCGGGUCCUUAACAUAAACACGGCAUUGAGAUCAUUGCUUAAAGGUCUAACCCAGAGGGUCACAGACAUGGCUUUCUUUGCUGAGGAUGUUCACCUUUUAGCUGGUACAAGUGUAGAUGGGCGUGUUUAUGUAUGGAAGAUUACUGAAGGUCCAGAUGAAGAAGAUAAGCCACAAAUUACAGGAAAGUUAGUUGUUGCCAUUCAGAUAGUAGGAGAAGGGGAAUCUGUUCUUCCACGGGUUUGUUGGCACUGUCACAAGCAAGAAGUUCUAGUAGUUGGGAUUGGAAAAAGUGUUCUGAGAAUCGAUACUAUGAAAGCUGGAAAAGGUGAAGUAUAUUCGGCAGAGGUACCUCUCAAGUGUCCUAUUGACCAUCUGAUUGAUGGGGUCCAAUAUGUUGGUAAACAUGAGGGAGAAGUGACUGAUUUGUCAAUGUGCCAAUGGAUGACUACCCGUUUGGUUUCUGCUUCAACGGAUGGCACGAUAAAAAUUUGGGAGGACCGCAGAGCACAACCGCUUGUGGUACUAAGGCCACACGAUGGUCAACCUGUUAAUUCUGUUACAUUCUUGACUGGCCCUCACCACCCGGAUCACAUUAUUCUUGUGACUGCGGGUCCACUGAAUCGGGAAGUGAAGGUAUGGGCCUUGGAAAGUGAAGAAGGCUGGCUGCUCCCUAGUGAUGCUGAAUCAUGGCAUUGUACCCAGACAUUGAACUUGAAGAGUUCAGCUGAAUCUCGAGUUGAAGAGGUGUUCUUCAAUCAGGUUGUGGCCUUGUCUCAAGCAGGGAUUUUGUUAUUAGCAAAUGCCAAGAAGAAUGCUAUAUAUGCUGUACACUUAGAAUAUGGUCCUAAUCCAUCAGCAACCCGAAUGGAUUACAUUGCAGAGUUUACUGUCACCAUGCCGAUUUUGAGUUUUACAGGGACCAGUGAUUUAUUACCUCACGGUGUACACAAUGUUCAGGUUUAUUGUGUCCAGACGCAGGCUAUUCAGCAGUAUGCUUUGGACUUAUCCCAGUGUUUGCCACCCCUGCUGGAUGAUGUGGUGUCAGAGAGGUUAGACUCAAGUGUUUUGCGCAACGUAACUAGUACUGAAGGAUUUGCUACCAUGGAGCCUUAUGUAAGUAAGCCUACUGAGAUUCAAAUGUCUAGUUCAGCACCCAAAGCAUCUAUACAUGACACUGGCUCUGAGAGUGCACUUACAGUGAGGCAUCCAUUGCACUCUCCUUCCAUGGAGGCCGCCACUUCAGCGGAAUUCACUACUUUGAGUAUGGAAUCUAGACCUACUCCAAUUUCAAAUGUAUCUAGCAAUGAUGAUAUUCCAUGUGUUGCAUCACCUCCUCUUCCUCUGAGUCCAAGGGUGUCUAGAAAACUCUCUGGUUUUAGAAGUCCAACAAAUGGUUUUGAGCCUGGUCUUGUGCUUGAUGAUAGUGGUGGAGAUCAAGAAGUUAGUGAAUAUUCAGUUGAUAGGCAAACGGAUAGCAUUCAUACAAACUUUUCUGAUGUCCCUUCCUUGGAUGAUGAUUCAAGAAACAAUGAAAACAAGGUUGCACGGGAUGAUAUUUCCUCUUUUCUCAAUCAUCCUAUGAAUUUCAAGCACCCAACUCAUCUGGUAACUCCAUCUGAGAUAUUGAGAGCUGCUUCAUCCACUGAAACUGCCCUUGUUGCAGAACAGAAGACUAAGGAAGAGCCAAACAUUCAAGACGUGGUUAUCAACAGCAAUGUGCACAAUGUCGAGGUGGAGGUUAAGGUUGUGGGUGAAACUGGAUUUAGUCAGAAAAAUGAAAUUGGCUCUCUGCGAAAAACUCACAAUCUUGUUCCAGAAAAUAAAGUUAAAGCAUUUUGCUCUCAGGCCUCAGAUCUUGGUAUUGAGAUGGCCAGAGAGUGUGGUGCAUUAUCAUCUGAAAUGUAUAUUGCAGAGGAAUCUCAUCAACUUAAUGGAGCUAAUGUAAGUGAGGAAUUAACUCAACCUUCAAAUGCCGAGGAUGAAGUCCAUGACUUCACAAGGGAUAUCUCUAGAAAGAAUGCAAAUUCAGCUAUGCCUGCAACAGUUUCACAGCCAGUGGCGCAAAUCACGAAAGCAAAAAAGCAAAAGGGUAAGAACACUCAAGGAUCAUGUCCAUCGUCGCCAUCCCCAAGUGCUUUCAAUUCAGCAGAUUCGUCCAGUGAGCCAGGUGUUAGUUCAAGUAUUCCUUCUGCGGAAGCUGGUUUUUCACAAAUUAUGAUCAUGCAGGAGAUGCUUAAUCAGUUAACAACUAUGCAAAAAGAAAUGCAGAAGCAGAUGUCGGUGAUGGUUACUGUCCUAGUCACUAAAGAAGGUAAAAGGCUGGAGACUGCCCUAGGGAGGAGCAUGGAAAAAGCUGUCAAGGCCAAUACUGAUGCGUUAUGGGCUCAUUUUCAGGAAGAGAAUGCGAAACAAGAGAAAUUAGUUAGAGAGCGUACACAGCAAAUAACAAGUUUGAUCACUAACUGCAUAAAUAAGGACUUGCCAGCUAUGGUGGAGAAAACAGUGAAGAAGGAAUUGGCUGCAGUUGGACCAGCUGUAGCUCGUGCAAUUUCUCCGGCCAUUGAAAAAACAAUAUCUACGGCUAUUACAGAGGCUUUUCAGAGAGGAGUUGGUGAUAAGGCAGUGAAUCAACUGGAGAAAUCAGUUAAUUCAAAACUUGAAGCUACUGUUGCUAGGCAGAUCCAAGCACAAUUUCAAACUUCUGGCAAGCAAGCUCUUCAGGAUGCAUUGAAGUCUAGUUUGGAAGCUUCCGUUAUUCCUGCCUUUGAGAUGUCAUGCAAAGCCAUGUUUGAGCAAGUUGAUGCUACCUUCCAGAAAGGAAUGAUUGAACAUGCAACUGUAGCUCAGCAGCAGUUUGAGUCCACUCAUUCUCCACUGGCACUUGCUUUAAGGGAUGCCAUUAAUUCAGCAUCAUCUGUGACUCAAACUUUAAGUGGGGAACUGGCUGAUGGUCAGAGAAACUUGGUAGCUCUUGCUGUUGCAGGAGCAAAUUCAAAAGCCGUAAAUCCCUUGGUUACCCAACUAAACAAUGGACCUUUGGGUGGCCUCCAUGAUAAGAUUGAGGCACCUUUGGAUCCAACCAAAGAGCUAUCUAGAUUGAUAUCUGAACGUAAAUAUGAGGAAGCAUUCACAGCAGCCCUACAAAGAAGUGAUGUUUUCAUUGUAUCUUGGUUAUGCUCUCAGGUUGAUUUACAGGGGAUUUUGUCAAUGAUUCCUCUCCCAUUGAGCCAAGGAGUACUUCUAUCACUUCUGCAGCAGUUGGCCUGUGAUAUCAGCAAGGAUUCAUCCCGGAAGUUGGUUUGGAUGACCGAUGUGGCGGUUGCAAUAAACCCAGCUGACCCAAUGAUAGCAAUGCAUGUGCGGCCAAUCUUUGAGCAAGUCUAUAAGAUAUUAAACCAUCAUCGAAGCCUUCCUACAACUUCCGGUACUGAGAUUUCCAGUAUCCGACUUGUCAUGCACGUCAUCAACUCCAUGCUGAUGACCUGUAAAUGAUAUUAUAUCCAAUCAUCCAUUUUACUAUAGUGAGAAAUGAUAUAUCAGGGACGACUGAUGUAAUAGAUGGGGUUUGUACAAAGGUGUAGGGAUUUUUGAUGAGAAGGGUACUGAAUGUGCAGAGUUGGUUUUUCUUGAAUGUAUCUGUCAAAAGGAAAACAUUGUGGAAACUCUGUAACUUUUCAGGUUCUUAGUCUGGUUUUUCUUUCAGUGAGAUUUUGUUUUUGGAACUUGGAAUUUUGUGUUUUGCAAAACUCUCUUAAGUUCAUGUAUUUGUUCAAAACAAAAAAUUUCAUCAUCUCUUUUGAUUUA